ACUCUAUAUAGCUGUUGAUAAUUACACUUAACUCUAUAUAGCUGUUGGAAUCUAUUAAAAGUCCAUACGCUUCUCCUUCCUUCCAUUCGUAUUCGUAGCAUCUCAGCUUUGUCGCUUUAUGCUCUCAACCCAACCCAACCCAACGGUCCCAACCCAACCCUUUAAUAUCUCUCUCCCCCUCUCUCUCUCUCUCUCUCUCUCUCUCUGCCUAAUUUCAUUCAAGUUAUGGCUUCCUCAUCUCCACCUUCCACUUAUAAUCUGAAAGGAGGUGGUGAUCAGCAUAUCAUACCCACUGAUCAGAACGUUCUGCAGAAACAUGUUGCAUUCUUUGAUAGGAAUCACGACGGCAUAGUUUAUCCUUCCGAAACUUUUCAAGGUUUUCGUGCUAUUGGCUGUGGUUUUUUUCUCUCCACAUUCGCUGCCGUCUUCAUCAACGUGGGUCUCAGCCGGAAAACCCGUCCUGGAAAAUCUCUUUCUCUGCUCUUUCCAAUUGAGGUUAAGAAUAUUCAUAGAGCCAAACAUGGGAGCGACUCUGGCGUCUAUGACAGUGAAGGAAGGUUUGUUCCUGGGAAGUUCGAAGAGAUUUUCAGCAAGCAUGCUCGUACAAAUUCCAACUCUUUAACAUCAGAUGAACUGAUGGGGAUGCUGAAGGCUAACAGGGUUCCCAAGGACUACGCAGGAUGGUUAGCUAGCUGGACAGAAUGGAAGAUCCUGUAUAUUCUGUGCAAGGACAAGAAUGGAUUACUGCCAAAACAAACGGUCAAAGCUGUCUAUGAUGGAAGCUUGUUUGAACAGAUGGAGAAGGAAAGAUCAUCGUCCAAGAAGAAAGCGUAAUCUAAUUUUGUUGUCUAAAUAAAUGCAUGCUAGCUGGUUUGCUCGUCUGGUCUAGCUGGGGCCUGAUGGGAUGGAUCAAGAAGAACAACAACGUAGUUUAAAUGUGUCAAUUCAUAUUGCUUCAAAUUAAUGUUGAAUGGAGUUCAAAUGUGUGGAGAGUUUGAUGUUGAUUAGUGUUCGUUUGAUGUUGUAAUGUUCUUAUAAUUAGUUUCAUAUUUUCAUCGUGCCGCCAUUGCAUGUAUUAUGUAUAUGUUGUAUUAUUAUAAACAUGCGCAAUGUUCUUGCUUA